AUGACGAUGUUGAAGAAAAAUACUGCAGAACAGAAGACCCUUGAAACUAGUCCAGACCGGAACAGUGAAGCUUCAGAGCAUGUAACUGAACUAGCAGUCAAAAACAGAACCAAGAAAACAUUCAUUAGUCAACUGAAUGUGAAAAUUGAAUGCCCAGAAUUAAAAAGUCAUGACCCAGACAGACAGCUGCAUCACCUCCUGGAAACUACGGAAACUCUGACCACUCCACUGGAACUGCAUAGUUGUAAGAAUGAACAGCCUGAAAAGUGGAGCACAACGUACAGAUUGAAAGAAGACCUGGUAAAGACUAAGGACCUUUUACAGAAGAUUGCCAGCAGUGAGAGGAAGAAAGCAAAGCAUGCAAGAAAACUCCAUGACCAUCUGGGAAACACUGAGGCAGAGCUAAGAUCCAAAGAACAGGAAAAUAAGACUCUGAACAUUUUAUUAGAACAACUUGAGGAAGAGAAGCAAAGACUUGCCAGGAAAGCAGAACGAAUAGAAACAUCAGAGAAAGAGCUUUUUUUAGUAGUCGAAAGAGGUAGACAAAGAAUUCCAAAGAGAACCAGUUCCCUUUCUCGUUUGGAUGCAUUUGUGAAGAGCCUGGAAGAAGACAAGGGAUACUACAGAAGUGAAGUGGAACGUUUGAGAAAAAUGAUGCGUUCUAAAGCUUCUAGUCCAAAGCGAAAUGUUUCUCAUGGACGUAGCCCAGUUCGGACCUCACCUGUAAAGGGAGGAACUUAUGAAUCUGAGAUCAUGCAAGUCAUCAGGGAACGGGAUGAAUAUCAGUCCCUGAUACAUAAAUAUGAGCGUCAUUUGGCAGAAAUCCAGGCCAAUGUUAAAAUUCUAACUAAUGAGCGGGACAAAGCCAACAGGAUAUAUGAACAGGCACAAGAAGAGAUAAAUCGACUCCGUCGGGAUCUUAUCAAGUCUCCUAAGACUCCCAAGUCAACAAUAACAGCCCAGCAUAUCCUUCGACGUGUGGAAGCUGAAAGGGAUGAAGCAAUGGCUGACCUCAGAAGGAUGACCACUGAAAGAGAUAGCUUAAGGGAAAGGUUAAAGAUUUCACAGGAAACCUAUAUCACAGAGAAGGCCAGCAUGGAACAAAGGAUUGAAGAUUUACAAGGAAUAAUUGCAAGGCUGGAAAAUGGCCGUGUAGAAAAUAAAUCAAAACAAUCAUCUUUAAAAGAGUUAAUACAUACUCUUGAGGAAGAUAUGCGAAUGUUGUCCAGUAAAUUGCUUAAUACAGAAAACGAACUGGCUAGGCAAAAAGGAGAAAACAACUCUCUCAGGAUUAUAAAAGAUAAGGUUGAAAGUUCAUUUGCGGACACUGAACAUCACCUCUCACAGAAGACUACUGAACUGGAAUGUGCUCUUGAGAAACUUGAAGUUCUGGAAGAAAAAAUCAGCGAACUAAAGAUGCAGAACCUUGCCCAGAGAGAAGAAAUCAGGACUUUUCGAAUCACAGUCGCUAGAUUAGACAAAGAAAGAGAUUCUCUGCAACAAUCUCUGGAUGAGAAAACAGAAAAAAUUUCAUCUCUAAAUGAACUGCUGGGCGAGAAAGAAAAGUCGAUGUCUGAAAUGAGACUUAAUAUCACAGAGAUAAGAGCCACAGCUGGUCAACUAAAUGAAGCUGUUAGUCACCAUGAACGAGAGAUUUCAAGGCUUCGGCAGCAGCUGGAUGAAACUAAUGAGGAGCUUACAAACACAGGCAGAGCUCAGGAAAUAGCAAUGCGUGAAAAUGAUAAGCUACAGGAUCAGCUUUCUAAAGCGAAACAAGAAAAUCAGGAGCUGAAGAAGCAACUGGAAAGCACCUUACAGAAAGUUCAGACUCUGACACUGAAGCUACAAGAUAGCCAAACUAACAUGAGCAGAAUGGACGCUAUGCUAGCAGCCAAGGAAAAAGAGAACCGGGAGCUUCAGGAUAGCUACCGUAAAGUCAGUGUAGAGGCUGAAAAGCUAGAAAGCAAAGUUCACCAAACCGAAGGCGAUAACAGUUCCAUGAAGCUCGAGCUUUGUACUGCUGAGUCUGAGUGUCGCAGAAUGAAAGAGAGAACAGAGACCCUAGAAAAAGAAGUGAAGGAGGUUUUAACAUCAAGAGAUACUUGUCAGUCUCAGAUUUCCAACUUGAAUAAAGUCAUCAGUGGAAAGGAGAAUGAGCUUCAUCAGAUCCAGUCAGAAAACAAUGCUCUCUUCAAGGAGCUCUCAUCAACAAAAGAACUCCUGGCCAAAGUUGACACCAACAAGGAAGUGGCUAUCAAGCAGCUGACCCUGAAGGGCCAUGAGUUAGAACGGGUUGCAACUGAACUAGGCACUGCUCAAACUGAAAUAUCACUGCUGAGAAAGCAGCUGUCAUCUGAGAGAAUGUCUAUGAAAAACCUAGAAACAUUACUGAUUUCCAACCGUGAGAAAGAAAUCCAGUCUCAGAUGUCAAAUCAAGAAAAAAACUCUGAAAUCCAACUCCUGAGGGAUAGACUGUUAUUGGCAGAUAAUAAGAUUGUAACUCAAAGUCGAGAAAUGGCCCAGCUGCGAAGUAGAACGGCACAAGUCGAGACAGAAUUAGACAUCACCAAACGGCAACUGUCAACAGAACGACUCGAAAGGGAGCAUGCUGUACAGGAGCUACGAAGGCAAGGAACUUCAGUAUCUUAUCUUACAUCCUCUCCAAUUGGUAGAACAUCCCUAAGCCCUUCUACUCGUUCACCUGAAUCUGCACAGUUACUGUCACUUGAACAGCGUUCCCGAGACAGAUCACUGGACAUAAGCAUUUCAUCCAGGACCUAUUAAGAACAAAUCGGAGAUGAAUUUUUGGACAUAAACAACAGUUGCUCAUUCCAAGUUUUUAAAUAAAAUGAAUACGAUAUUGACACAACCAGACAGAAAUGAUUCCAUAUGUUUUCGCAUAUAUGACUAGUCAAGUCAGUAAUAUUGUUGAUCAAGAUAUUUCUCUUGUAAGGGGAAACAUCCUGUUGCAUUAAAAGUAUGACCAUGUCAAUAUGGAUUCCUCGGCGACCAGAGGUUGCUAGUUUUUCUGCUAUGUUUUAAAGUUUUUGUAUUUGUUAAAAGUAGACAACCAAGUACAAAUGCUGAUACUACACUAUACAUUUAUUGUAUGACUGCUGUUUAUUUUCUGAUUUAAAAGGGAAGACUAUGGUCAUUAUGCAGAAAGUCACACUCUUCACCAUUAAUUAUAAACUAACAUGUUUAAGUUUGGAUUUUGCACAGUUAGAUUAUAAAUUACUUAAUGAGUUAUAAUUUCUAAAGUCAAUAUUUGUGUAAAUGUUUAAAAUUUGGUGUUUGUGUACAGCUGCUGAAUUUAAACCUGCACAAGCCAUUUAUUAUGCCAGUACUGUAAAAGCUAAUUCUUCCUGGUUUAAUGCUCUCUUAUGAUGCAGCUAUCAUAAUGUUAUACAGUGUGAGCUAAUCCAAUUACAUGAUAAUUUUUAUUAUCCAAAAAUAUGGUGAUCAUUUUUUGUACUGAAGAAUAAAUAUAUAUAUUUUUA